CCCAAGAAAGACAUGCUGCUGUACUUAAACUAAUUCUAGGGGCAGAAAGCAUCUUAGAGUCACAGAAGUGGAAGAGGAGCUGGGAUACAGAUGAACUUUGCAUUUUCUUUAAAGCUGAAAGUAAGUAAUAUAGACUGAUGUAGCAGAUAGAGAUCUUUAUAGUAAUAAUAGAGACUUUAUUCAACCCUCCAUAAUAGUUUCUACUUACACAUAUUAGUGUCACAAUAAAUUUGUUCAUGAUGAAUGGUUAAGGCUGAAUGUGGGAAUUUAUAUAUAUAUAUGUCAGAGAUGAUGGGGUUAUUUAACAAAAUGCAGUUUUUUUGUGAAUUGAAAAACAAAUUGCAACAUUCAAACUAAAAUAGCCGAGUUGUGGCUGUAGAGAAAUAUUUCUCAAAGCGGCUAUUUUGGCCUAAAUUUAGCAGUUCGUUUUUUUUUUGUUUUUUUUAAACACCAUUAUUUGCAGGCUUAUAUACUAAAAGGAGAAUUCAAAGUGAAUUUUAAAUUUAAGGUCAAAAUUGCCAAACUGAAAAAAUUCUCUAAGUCAACGAUGCUUUCAGUUUGUCUCCUCUGACCUUAAAUUUGAGUUUUAAUUUGAAUUCUCACCCUGUUGGUGUUUUUGUGAAUAAACACGUUUGUGUAGUGCGUGCAAGAAUGUAUGUGACAAUUUUUACAUGCAUUACAAAAUGCCUAGAUUCAUUUUAUGUCCUGUAACAUGUUAGGCAAAUAAAUGGACAGAAAAGGCUACAUUUAUGAAAUCUGGUUUCGAUUUCAUUUCAACUUUUUAUAAUGUUAAGACAUACAUAGACGUAGGCAGGUAAUAAGUAUAACCCACCAGUCACCACUAUGAACAUUGCGUAAGAACAGACAUUCACAGUCUGAUUUACUAUAGAGAGAAUUCAAAGUAAAUUUCAAAUUAGAGGGACAAAGGUUUAAAAAUAAUAUCAGGAAGUAUUACUUUACUGAGAGGGUAGUGGAUGCAUGGAAUAGCCUUCCAGCUGAAGUGGUAGAGGUUAACACAGUAAAGGAGUUUAAGCAUGCGUGGGACAGGCAUAAGUCUAUCCUAACUAUAAGAUAAGGCCAGGGACUAAUGAAAGUAUUUAGAAAAUUGGGCAGACUAGAUGGGCCGAAUGGUUAUUAUCUGCUGUCACCCUCUAUGUUUCUAUGUUUCUAUGCUGUAAUUCAUAGCCCUUGGACACGACUUAUUAUUGGAUAGUAUUGUUUAAUGGAUGAUAAGCAUCUAGUUUUUCUUGAGAUGAACAUAACAAGAAGGAAAACUAAAUAAAGAAAUAAGAAAAUCAUUUUUUUUUAAAUGCUAAAUGAUGAGCGUAAUGCAUACAGAACCAAGUUACAUGCGUAAAUUGUUUAAAAACAGGUACACGUGUUACCAUGUUCGUUCUUGAACAGAUAAUAGCAUGGGAUGUGUUAUUUAUCAGCCUUGCCAACUCCAUCUAGUUCUGCACAUUUUUUAGUAUCAAGGAUUGAUCUGUAAUUUUGAACAAUGUGUUGUUUUAACCGAAUUGUCCAUCAUUGGUCCUUAAUGAGUUAAGGGAUUUGUUUGACUUAUUUUAUUAAAGCAUAUAUACUGCGCGGUAUAGUAGCUUAUCCAGUUAAUGAGGAAAUCACAGAUUAUGGACACAUUCCUCCUGUUUUAUACAUAACUUAAAAUAGUUUUAACAACUGUCAUUGUUGGAGAUGCAAAAAUGGAAGUACUUUGUAAUUAAAGGGCAACAAUUCAAUACACAAAAUGUUUGUCCUAAAAAUUGUGUUUCGUUUUUUUAUAAAUCGCUACAGUUCUGUGUUUACUGAAUAAAAUGUUUGACAUAUGAACACCACGGACAGCGCUGUCAGAAAAUGCAUUACGAUAGCAAGAUACAUUAUAUAAGGUAUAAUUUAUGCCCUAUAAAUUAUACCUAUUGUAUAGUAUUUAUUCUGUCACUUGGAGAACUGGCUGGGGCAAAAUAACUCCACCACCAUUUCUGGUUAUAUCAGGGUAUUCUCUAACGUUCACACACACUCCAGAGAACAGUAAAUUUGGGGAACAUUACCUCAUUUGGAUAUUUACCAAAGUCAAAAUUUGGGGGAUUUUUUGCACAUCUCAUUUGCUCCAGCCUGGUAUCUGGUUUAAAGUCAGAAAUUUACAGGUGUGUUUAGAAUUUGCAUAUUUAUAAAACACUCAACAUUUAGUGAAUUCAUUGUGAUAGAAUGCAAGAAUACAUUUAAAGAUUUUUUAAGAUUUCCUGUUUGUUCCACACCCUAAAAUUGUAAAUCUUUGUCCAAAAAUAUAAAAUAAUUUGAAAAGCUAAUCCAACAAUAUUAAAUUGAAACUAUAGUCGGUUUAGUUUUUCAAAACCCAUUGUCGCUUUGAAAUGGCACAUCAGUCAGUCAGAUACAAUACACCAUUGUAUCCAAAUUCUGCAAUUCUAAUUCUGUGAUUGUGUGCCCAUGCCCUUUGUAUAAAUAGUCAUUUUAUGGUCGAUACCGAGAUUAGGAUUAUAUUUAAAUUUGGAAAAAAGUUCAAUGAAAAACAAGGCUUUGUUCUCAAUCUUUUUGGAGUUUGAAUGUUUUGCCUGAAGCCCAGUCCCAUUAUUUAAUAAUGAAACACUGUGUAACAUCACACUGAAUCCUUUUUUGAGAAAUCUAAGUGGACACUGUCAUUUUUCCUUGAAACUUGUUCCAAAUUCCUAUAUCCUUAUUCAUAGGACAGUUCGUGACCUCUCAGCCAGUGCACGCCUCAGUUCUCCCAUAUUAACUCUUAGCCUUCCCUAUAAAACAGACAACAAAUCAUACUUGCGGUUUCAAAUAAAAAAGCAGCUCCACUCCUUACUCUAUUUAUCCCAUACAUCAGAAAAUGGGACAUGAUAUAUUGAUUGAAAUAACCCAUUGGUUUCAUGCUAUACACACCAUUCCCACCUCUUUAAAUGUUAAAGAACCAGUCCCUCUGUCUUAGAUUCUUCUUCUUGUCAAAAAUGUCCAUGUGAACUGUUCUGCCCUUUAAAAAUGAUGGAGUAAUAAAAAUGUCUAAAGGAUAAGGGCAGACAUAUGGUUCAUUCAGUUCAGUUUAAUAAUGUAAGUAAACCUCAGGGCAUAAGGUUAUUUACUCAUUUAAUAAGCCCCACUCCCCCCAAAGAAUGGGGCAGAGACAGCAGCAUGUGAUGUGUGUAAACUGGUUUUAUGGAGGUUAUUGGGGCCUCCUGCAAUCAAGUGUGAAUUCUGAGCCAACUUCAUUCUAGCACAAUGGCUGUUUUAACAUGAUAAAUAGGACCGUGCAAAAAUAAUUAAGUCUGUCACAUUGACAGUGCUUUUGUUAUACCUGCAAAUGUAUGCUCCAGACUGCACGCUUUUGAGGUUUUCAUUCACAAUCACUGGAAGAUGAAUUAAACAAUAACAAAAUGAAAACCGUAUAAUUUUUUUUUUUCCUUCCUUUUUUCCCUUCCUUUUACCAUACAUUGCCUGACUUUCUGUUUGUCAUUUGAUAUAACAAAGUCACAACUCAUGAACAUGCCAUUACUAUCAUUAAAGCAAUCACUGUCUGGGGACGUUGCAGAAUUCGCAAAGACUGUGAUCUUGCCACUGGGGGUUCAGAGGCCAGGGGGUUGGCAGGUACAGGUGAGAUUUACUUACCCGAACCAGUCCCUUGCAGGUGAUGUCAUCUUCCUCCGACAGCUCCUUUUCAGUGCCAGGAGUCAACGCCACUGCUGUACUGUCACACAUGCGUGAGAAUAAAUAAUUGAGGUCUAUGGAGAAUCCCGCAAGACCACGGGAUCCUCUAUUGACAGAGCCAUUUCCUUGCAGCUGUCCCUGAAGACAAAUGUCUAGAAGUGUCAUGCGGAGGAAAUAUACUGAGACAAAGUAAUCCCCACUUUAUCCAAGUAUAUCCAUCGAUUGAGUUGGAAUUUCAGUGAAAUUCUAGCACAGUAGUCAAAAUGAGUAUUUUAUAAAUAUUCUAGCUUUAGGAAAUACUCACUUCUCAGUGGAAGUGACAAUGCCACUUUACAAAAACAAAGCCAAAUGAUUGCCUGAAGCACCCAACCAAUCAAACUGGUGUGUAGACAAGGAAUUCCAGUCCAUAGGCACACCAAUGGUUCACAUUUUGCUGGAAACCCCUGUUUAAUAAAAUAGGGAAAUCUAAAUCCUAGACCGUUACUGUGCCGUAUGGCUUGUGUUUGGAAUUACGACUCUUGACUGAUGACCAAUAAGUUCUUUUUUUGCCCCACUUAUUAAUUUUCUUUCUUUCUUUCAGUCUGUCCACAAGUGGCAAUGAGUGACUCUGAUGGUGUAAUACUUCUAAACUCAUCCAGCUUCUCCUGGGUGGAUCCCUGUGUACAUGAAACAUGGCUGGAGAACAUUCUGCUAUCGGUUUGCUACAUUCUGGGUCUGCUUGUUGGAGGCCUAGGAAAUGUCCUUGCUCUUUCGCUGUUUAUACGAGAUCGACAACCACGAUCACCAUCAGAUAUCUUCCUUCUCCACCUCGCCUUGUCUGAUCUCUUCCUGCUUCUUAGUUUGCCAACACGGCUCUACUACCACCUGUCUGGCAACAACUGGCCUUUUGGCUCUAUGCCAUGUCGCCUGUCUGGUUUUGUAUUUUACCUAAAUAUGUAUGCCAGUCUCUAUUUUCUGGCAGGCAUAAGCAUUGACCGUUACCUAGCUAUUGUGCAUCCACUCAACUCCAUCAAGUUUCGCAGGCCUCUGCAUGCCCAUGUGAUAUGCAUACUACUGUGGGCUAUCGUGGCUUUUGCUACGGCACCUUUAUUGUUAAGUCGCAAGCAAACGAUGACAGAAAAUGGUUGCCGACUGCUCUACCGUGAAACGCCAUCAUUGAGAGCACUGACAUCACUCAGCGCGGCAUUUGCCAUCCCUUUCUUGGGAACAGUCACUUGUUAUGGACUCAUUUUAAAGCGUCUCCGUCAAGGAGGUGACAGAAAACCUAAAGAGCGGGCAGUAAAGAUGGUUUUGCUGGUACUUACAAUAUUUCUGAUCUGCUUUGUUCCCUACCAUCUAAGCAGGGCACUCUAUCACGUGCUGAUGCCCGGUGGGGAGGAUUCGGCUGCAAUAUCACCAUGUAACUUGCGUCAAGGUCUGGCAUUGGCGAACCGAUUCACUUCCUGCCUCAGUACCCUAAACGCUGCUCUAGAUCCACUGGUGUAUUUCUUUGCAGUCAAGAAAUUUCGUCAGACACUGCUUCAGCUUCCUUGUAGACGACAGGAAGCGGGGGAACGGAAAAACAGACAGGAAAAUCAAACAGAAGAUAGCUCUCUGAGUGCCAAGACAGAAGUCUGAGAAGAAAUGGGUGAAUGGAAACGUAAUAAUAGGUCACAGGGAUUAUAUAACAUUGGCAUUAGUAAGGUACAACUUACAAGUGGCAGGUUCCCAAGACAACCAUCCCAUACUUUAUAUUGGUGAGUGCAUGAAGUAUGAGAAACAUCAAAGUUCCAUUACAAAUCUUUAAACAUUCUGGGAUGGUAUUCUCCUGUAGCCCCAACAAACUAAACCCCUUUUGGCAUAAUCAACAGUAUUAUGUUCAUUAUUUUUUUUACAUACUUACUCAUUCAUUCAGAUUCUAUUAUUUCUAUAAGUCUCCUAAAACUUGGACACAAAUCAAAAAUCAGCUGAAGGUUUCUUUAUGUUCAAAGUGCAGAUUGUAUUUAGAAAGUGCAUUCAGAUUUCUCUCAUUUUCAAGUGUCCAUGGACUCCUGGACAAUAGUGGGAGGGUUAUAUGUUUAAAACAUAUGCAAAACAAAUCAUUAAACAUUAGAGGUAUGGCAGGAUUGUCAUUUACAGACAUUUCAAACUGGGGAACAUUUUGCUGUUUAAUAUGUUCUGGAAGUUUUUCUAGAUUUCUAGAGAUUGUAUGAGAAGACAGCUCAAUCCUUUUUCCUGUUGUAACAGGAAUACCAAGGAAAUUGUGACAGAUGUACCAGAGUUUAUAAGAUGUUUAAAGAACUGGGGGGAACACACUGCUCAAGUAGUACAGGAGAUUUACUGAGAAAUUGUUAUGGUCAUGCAAGAGAGGUAAAUAGUAUGUGUAGAAUGAACCAUAGUACUUUUAACAUAUCAUAGUGAUGAGUAUUGCAUUCACGCCGUAUCACAAAAUGUCGUGCUGGUGGUAGAAAUUCUAGACCAAUGUAUUUUGAGGAGCACUUAUACAUGGGAAUUCUAAGCAUUGUCAACUUGCUCCUCAUCCUUCUAACAGUACAUACAUAUUAUAAAAAAAACCAAAAAGGUUCUGUUGACUGAUACACCUAGUAGUACUAAAUUCAUAGAAAACGAGUUCAAUAAAUGCUAAAGGUUAGCUGCAUUGGUUUACGAAGCGCUGGGAUGAAGAAGAGUACAGGCUAUAAAUGGCAGUUGGAGAGAGAGAUUCAUUCCAAUCAGGGGAUUAUUGCAGGUUGUCAGUUAAGGGAGGACCAGAGACAGCAGGUCUACUUUUAUAUGUAAAGCAAGUGGUUUCAGUUCAAAGAGGAGCAAUGAAAAGGUAGACCCCCUGAUGUUUUCAAACUAGAACACUGUAAUGCCUUACCACUCUAAAGGAAAUCUUGGUCACUGAUGUCUCUAUACUAAUGCUACAUAUAUGAACUUGGUGGAUCUCUCACAAUUGUCUUUAUUUAAAAACAUUAAAAACAGUUAGCUAGAUGGUUUAUCUAUGUUUGGGCAUUGUCAAACAAUAUACAGACAGCUGUACAGGACUAUAGCCAUAAUGUAAUGGACCUAAUAAAUAUUAUAGUAUUUACAGACACAUAAUAUAUGACUUUAAAAAUAGUUAGAUAUAUAGCAGUAAUCAUUAUAGGGCAGCAAUAAUGAAUUGUUCACACAGGAAAGAAAUUAUAUUGUAUAAAUAAAUAAUGUUGUCACUUUUUGGCAGACAGCUGGGCAUAAUUUCAAUUUGGGAGCGUUUAGAUCAUGGCUGUCCAACCUGCGCCCCCCAGAUGUUGCUGAACUACAACUCCCAUGAUUCCCUGGCUAUCUUUUUAAUUGAAAGAAUCAUGGGAGUUGUAGUUCAGCAACAUCUGGGGUCCUGCAGGUUGGACAGCCCUCAUGUAGAUGGUUGCUGUUUUUUUUUUUUAUAUCCUAAAUUACUAAGCUAUGUAACACAGGUGUAUCAAAAAGAACCUCUGCUGCUGUUGAACUACAUUUUUCAUAAUCCUCCGUAAACCAAGGUUUUACAUUGAAUCAUGGUAGGGUUAGUCCAUCAACACUGCAACUAUUAACUCUGACGUACUGCAUUGUGCAGUUAUAUAUAAUAAGUAAUAAUAUUAAUGUGAAUGUAAAGUGACACGUAAGCUAACAUAAUAGGCUUUAUGCACUAAACAGUGAAUUGCAAUGAAUUUAAAACUGAAUUGCAAAUACUAGUCUAAAAUAGCCAAAUGAGGAACAAAAGGCAGAGAAAUCUUCUAACCUGUUAAUUUGGUCUAUAUUUUCAUUUCAUUUUUAAUGCACAAUUAUUCAUUGUUUAUUAAACAAAGCCCAAAGAUUCAAUAUUAAACUGUUCUAAAGGAACAGAUGCAUGAAAUAAUAGGUAGGGGGCAACAUAAUAUCAAAUAUCAAUUUGAGAGAUCAGGAAUAGUGGAAACACUGUGUGCCCACAUGGAGCAAAUCUUUGUAACGAUUGCUUUCCUUAUAACAUGGCACCAUUUGGGUAAGCUGUGUUUCUAUGCAAAAAUGACAUGAAUAGCGAAGAUCUGGUCUUUGGAGAAGAGACAACUACCUGUAUUAGACUCUGUACAUAUGUAUAUGUAUGUGGUUAUUGGUGGUGUAUACAUUAAAGUAAAUUUUGUUGAUGUGACGAGCUAUUUUGUUUUAAAAAAUUGCAAAAAUAUAUAUUUUGACAUUCUUGUAAUAACUGAAUUGCCAUUAAAACGGUCACAAAUGUAACAAGGAUAUGUUUAUAUUGGGAUUCAUGGCAACAGUGUACAGG